AUGAAAAUAGUUAUUUUCUUUAAAUUUUCUAUCUUUAUGUUUGUAACGUGGAUGUACUAUUUUAACAAAGAUAAAAUUACGUUCGACAACUCCUCAAAUGGCAAUUGCAUAUUUGACAGUAAAUUAAACACAAAAACUCAUCGAUCAUUAGGAAAAUGUAGGCAGCUUAAGAAUUUAAGUGCUCUAGAGUUAAAAGAAAAUAAAGAAAAUAUUGGAAUGCUUAAGAAAUAUGAUAUAUCAAAUAAUGAAAAGGGGGCCACAACAAAAAUAACAGAAUUAAAUGGAAGUUUAUUAAAUAAUACAGAAGGAUAUAAACAAGCUAAUAAAAAUAAAUCAUGUAUAUUUGAAACAAAAAAAUAUUCUCGUUUUGAAUCAAAAAUUUUCAAAGAACUAGAUUAUUUAGAUUUUCUUAAAAAUAAUAGGACAAUUGGCGAUAAGACUUAUAAAAAAGUAAUAUGUAAAAAAUAUGGACUACGAUUUGCUUUACCUAUAUUAUUGAUCCUAUUUUUUAUAGCUGUACUCAUGAUAGAUUUAACAAUGGGUUUAAUAUCUGGUAACACAGGGGGAUUGUGGUCUCAUAUAGGUUUGUGGGACCAUAUAAACUCCUCGUUAUCGAGUAUUGUAAAAACGUUGAAGGAGUAUUUACCAUCAUGGCUGACUAAAUGCGCAUCAUGGAACUCCAGUCACCAUCCAUCUACCGGAGAAAGUAAAUGUAAAUAUUUAUGUACCUUAAAUAAUUUAUUUGGCAUUGUAGUGUAUUUCUUACCUUUUAUUAUAUUAGGUAUAACCCUCAUAUUAAAGGUUGUUUACUACCAUAAAAAAGUUAAAAAAUAUCAAAAAAUUAAGUUCAGAAAAAGAUAA